AUGAAUGGGGAUUCCAAGGAAUCUAGAACUAGAGGAAGUAUAGGGACAAAGAAGGAGGAGGAACCUUCGCUAUCUCCUAAGAGGAAUUAUAAUCUAACCUCCUCCAGCCCACAGCCGCCUAAGCUUGUUCCUAACAAAGAACUCAAGGGUCGGACCUUCUGUGAGAGAAGUGGAAUAUCGCCGCAUCAUCUCCGGGGGGAAAGAAUAUAUCAAGCAGGAAAACUCAGGUUAACAACUGGCACGAUUGAAACGCAGAACAGCCUAGCACAGGAGGCAGGGGAGUCAUAUAAUUUCCUUAGGGAGCCAGAAGAUGAUUACUACCGCACACCGAGAGGAUUUAGAUGUCCGAGUGGGUAUGAGGGGAAUAACAAGCCAAUGAAUAAGGGGCCUCAGACCAUGAAAAAGACGCCUGACUUGGAGCCACAAGCCUUGAACGGCGACAGGAGACGAAGGAGUAAGAAUAUUCCUGAGGUUCUGGAGUACUACCAUCGAAGCUAUAAAAGGAACGGCCUCAGAACAAGAAUAAAGAGACUAAUAAAAAGAAUAGAUCUAAGAUUCCAACUGAAAUUGAUGCGAUACAUGAAGGGGAGAAAGUAUUCUGUAGAAAGUGAAUUUUUGGAGCUUCGUGGUGGUGGAGGGAAACUAGCUUAUUACUAUAGAGAAUACGGAGUAUUAUUAACACUUAUAAUAGCUACUGUAGAGCUCUUAAUUUGCUUACUGGGUCUAUUAGUCCCAGGUCUUUAUUCUUUAUCAAUAGCAGCAUGUAUUAUAAUAGGUGGAUUAUUCGUGAGUAUUUUGUAUUAUUAUAUAAGGACCUAUUGUAAGAUAAAGAAAAUGAGAAGAUGUUUCAAGAAGCAUGGUGUUAUAAUAGAUCCGUGA